UAUACGCCUCCGAGGCGGAGGCCGACCAGGACAGUUCUCAAGUUUUCAGAGUCGCUCUGCUGUUACGAAUUUUUGCUCAAAACUGAGGAGCUAAGCCACUUGCCAAAAUGUGCAAAGGACUUGCAGCUUUGCCCCAUUCAUGCCUGGAAAGGGCCAAGGAGAUUAAAAUCAAGUUGGGAAUUCUCCUCCAGAAGCCAGACUCGACUGUUGACCUUGUCAUUCCAUAUACCGAGAAGCCAGAGAAACCCGCCAAGACCCAGAAGCCCAGCCCCGAUGAGGUCCUGCAGUGGCGUGAUUCCCUGGACAAGCUUCUGCAGAACAACUAUGGACUUGCCAGCUUCAAAAGUUUCCUGAAGUCUGAAUUUAGCGAGGAAAACCUUGAGUUCUGGAUUGCCUGUGAGGAGUACAAGAGGGUCAAGUCCCCUGCCAAGAUGGCUGAGAUGGCAAAGAAAAUUUAUGAAGAAUUCAUCCAAACGGAGGCUCCUAAAGAGGUGAAUAUUGAUCACUUCACAAAGGACAUCACAAUGAAAAAUCUGGUGGAACCUUCUCUGAGCAGCUUUGAUGUGGCCCAGAAAAGAAUCCGUGCCCUGAUGGAAAAGGAUUCACUGCCUCGCUUUGUGCGUUCGGAGUUUUAUGAGGAAUUGAUCAAGUAGCAAUUUAGUUGGGCUGUAAGAAUCAUCCUGUGAGUCAUUUGCUCCAUAAUCACCCAGCAUUUUCCAGCAACCUACAUAGCUUCCCAUAGCAGCUUUGCUCAAAUACUCAAACAGCGACAACUUUGUGGAGUGGGGCUUACCCUUUUUGCUAGCAUUAUUUUAGACGUCUGCAUGCCUUCCUCUCCCAAUUCCUUCUUCCUGCGUAUUCUUUAUUAAGGUCUAUUUAGUGUGUGGUUGUUAAACCCAAUUAGAAUUACAGAAAAGUUCUGCCUAAGGCAAGGAAA